ACCCAACCCAAAUUCUUCAUCUUUUUUUAAUUUAUAUCCAAAGAACCAUCAAAAUAAAAGUAUUUUGUAAUUUCUUUAUUUCGCUGUGAUAAGACAAUGAUUGUAUCAUCAUCAUAAUAGUUGGCCUGAUCAUUCCCAAAAAAUUCUCUUGUAAACGCAAACACAAAGGGAGAAGAGGAUCUUUGGUACUGUGCUCUAAAAUCACAACAAGGGGUUUUGAGUUUUUUAGCUCUCUCUCCAAGUGAAAAUGGAACCUCUACCUUCUCCUUUCGGCGACCCAGCCCCGAACUUAUCCGAUUCGGAGCUCCGAGAAACCGCUUACGAGAUCUUAGUCGCUGCUUGCCGCACCACCGGAAGCCGCCCCCUCACUUUCAUCCCCCAAUCUCCCAAGUCCGAUCGAACCAACGGCGUAGCAGCGCUAUCGGCGUCUCCGUCGCUUCACAGAUCUCUGACGUCGACCGCCGCCAGCAGAGUGAAGAAGGCGCUAGGGAUGAAGAAACGAAGCGGCGGCGGAGAAGCCGGCAGAGAAGGAGGAGAAUCCUCGGGUCAACCCGAUCGGGUCAAGAAGUCCGUAACGGUGGGUGAGUUAGUUCGUGUUCAGAUGCGAAUCUCUGAGCAGAUCGAUUCACGGAUUCGUAGAGCUCUCCUCAGGAUCGCUUCUGGUCAGCUAGGGAGGCGUGUGGAGACAAUGGUUCUACCUCUUGAGCUUCUCCAACAGCUCAAAGCGACAGACUUUCCUGAUCACGAUGAGUAUAUCUCAUGGCAAAGAAGAAACUUGAAGCUUCUAGAAGCCGGUCUCAUCUUACAUCCUCAUGUUCCUUUGAGCAAGUCUGAUAGAUCUGUUCAACAGCUUAAGCAAAUCAUCCGUUCCGGUCUCGAGAGGCCGUUAGACACCGGGAAGAUCACCGGAGAGUCGCAGAAUCUCAGGAGUGUAGUAAUGUCUCUCGCUACUCGUUCUAACAACGACGGGAUUGGUCCUGACACUUGUCAUUGGGCUGAUGGGUUUCCGUUGAAUCUUAGAAUCUAUCAGAUGCUUUUGGAGUCUUGUUUUGAUGUCAACGAUGAGUUAUCGGUUGUUGAGGAGGUGGAUGAAGUUCUGGAGCUUAUAAAGAAGACAUGGCCUGUCUUGGGGAUGAACCAGAUGGUUCACAAUGUUUGUUUCCUCUGGGUGUUGUUUAAUCGGUAUGUUGCAACUGGUCAAGUGGAGAAUGACUUGCUUGUGGCUGCUCAUAACUUGAUACUCGAAGUUGAGAACGAUGCAAAGGAGACGAAUGAUCCUAAGUAUUCCAAGAUCUCGAGCUCUGUUUUGAGUUUGAUUUUGGAUUGGGCUGAGAAGAGGCUUCUUGCUUACCAUGAUACUUUCAACAUCGAUAACGUCGAGACCCUUGAAACGACGGUUUCUCUGGGGAUCUCGGUAGCCAAAGUACUCGGUGAAGAUGCUUCUAGCGAGUAUAGGAGGAAAAAAAAGAGUGUGGACUCAGGGCGUGAUCGAGUUGAUACCUACAUCAGAUCUUCUUUACGUAUGGCCUUCUCGCAGACAAAGAAGAUGGUGGAACAUAGCAAGCGUUCAAAAUCUCGUCAGACCAGCACGAGCAAUCUUCCUGCUCUUGCGAUUCUUGCAGAGGAUAUUGGUCAUUUAGCUUUCAACGAGAAGGCGAUAUUCAGUCCAAUCUUAAAGAACUGGCAUCCUCUUUCAGCUGGUGUGGCUGCAGCUACGCUUCAUUCGUGCUAUGGAGCCGAGCUAAAGAAAUUCGUUUCUGGUAUAACCGAGUUGACGCCAGAUGCUAUAAGAGUACUCACCGCUGCAGAUAAGCUUGAGAAGGAUCUGGUGCAGAUUGCAGUUCAAGACGCAGUUGAUAGUGAUGAUGGCGGUAAGUCGGUUAUAAGAGAGAUGCCUCCUUUUGAAGCGGAAGUUGUUAUAGGCAACCUUGUGAAAUCAUGGAUCAAGACCCGAGUUGAUAGACUGAAGGAGUGGAUUGAUCGGAAUCUCCAGCAAGAGGCAUGGAAUCCGAAAUUGAAUAAACUUGGCAUUGCUCCUUCUUCCGUGGAUGUACUGAGGAUGGUAGAUGAGACAUUGGAAGCGUUUUUCUUGUUGCCGAUUCUCUUGCAUACAGUUUUACUUCCAGAGCUAACGUCAGGCCUUGACAAGUGUAUGCAGCAUUAUGUAGCAAAGGCCAAAUCUUCCUGCGGCUCGAGGAUUACAUUUCUACCUGCGUUGCCUGCCUUAACAAGAUGUUCCGUUGGGUCAAGACUACAUGGUGUCUUCAAGAAGAAGGAGAAGCCAAUGGCUGCUUCUAACCGGAGAAAAUCACAGCUCGGGACGGGUAAUGACUCAGCUGAAAUACUCCAGUUCUGUUGCAGAAUCAACACUCUGCAUUACAUCAGGACCGAGCUUGAAUCCUCCGGGAGAAAAACACUAAACCGUCUCCCGGAAUCCGACAUAGCUGCCUUUGAUGGUAAACCUAAAAUCUUUGAACAGUCGAUCGGUUACUGCUCGAAAGGAAUACAGCAACUCUCUGAAGCAACUGCUUACAAGAUCGUCUUCCACGAUCUGAGCAACGUUCUCUGGGACGGUCUGUACGUGGGAGAAGUAUCUUCCUCGAGGGUCGAGUCCUUUCUUCAAGAACUCGAACGUUGCCUUGAGAUUAUUUCAUCAUCCGUUCACGAUAGAGUCAGAACCAGAGUCAUUUCAGACAUCAUGAGAGCUUCUUUCGACGGGUUCUUACUAGUCCUCCUCGCUGGUGGACCAUCGCGUAGCUUCACGGUUCAAGAUUCCGAUGCGGUAGACGAGGAUUUCAAGUUUCUAUGCGAUCUUUUCUGGUCAAACGGAGACGGGUUGCCUUUGGAUUUGAUUGAGAAGGUUUCGACGACGGUCAAGAGUAUACUUCCGCUGCUGCGUACUGAUACGGACUCUCUUAUAGAACGGUUUAAAGCAGUGUGUCUGGAGAAUCACGGUUCAGACAGAGGGAAGCUUCCGUUGCCGCCGACUUCUGGACCGUGGAGUCCGACAGAAGCGAACACGCUGUUGAGGGUUUUGUGUUACCGUUAUGAUGAGUCUGCGACGAAGUUUCUGAAGAGAACGUAUAACUUGCCGAGGAAGCUAACUUGAGAAUAUGACGUGGGAAUGGGAGGUACACCGGUCUAGUGUGAGAUGUGGUAUAUUUCUUUGGCUUGAUGAGAAACAAUUUGGUAUUUGAUAAGUUACCUGUACAAGAAAGUAGAAAGAGUUUUUGUGUAACGUUCUUCAGUUGUACUUGUACUAUUCCUUUUUUUUUGUAACACAUUGUACUUGUACUAUUCUGCGUGUAGUUUUUUUUUUCUUUUUGUUAUGUGUUGUCAACUAUAUAAUAGAGUAUUCGUAUAAUUAUACUUUCA